AUGGGCAACAACCAGUCAUCGGGUUCCAAGUCGGCCACGCCGCCGUCGUCGCACCCACCGUCGGGCUCGACCUCGACGCCGACCCCCUCCACGCACGACGCCGCACGACACCACACCACCACUGCCACCGGCGCCGUCCUCCCCCCCUUGUCGUCUUCCCGCACCAGCAAGGACUCAUCGUCAGCCUCGUCGUCGUCGCGUAACAUACUCCCCGCCCACACCACUCACCGCUCUGCUGCCGCCCCUCCCGAGCCCUCGCUCGCCCAGGCUCAAGGCUCAACCUCCAUCGCCUCGCGGCCAAAGAGCAUCUCGGCCGCCAGCUCGACCUUGUCGCCUACCGCCGUCUCCUCCCUGAGCGCCUCCCCGCGCAACAACAGCAGCAACACGCCCUCUACCGUCCCGCUUGUCCACCACCACCAGCUACCCGGAGUCGAGUCCGCUGCUGCGCCCAUACCCAUUGCCGAGCCCUCCAAACCGCUCGACGUUCCCGGCGGCGGCACCCCGGCCGUCUCUCGCACUCCCGGCCUCAACCGCACCGACUCCGAGAUGGCAGAAGCCCAUCUCAUCCCCAGCGGCAGCAUCACUGACAUGUACAAUGCUCGGCCACCCCGCCUGCCGCUGCCUAUUGAGGAAGAGGUACACACGCCUGGUUCACCUAUUCUGGGUGCUGACGAGUCGGGCCCAGGAGGCGAUAUUCCCGGAAUCGAGCAGGAGUCUUUGGAAGCUUUGACAAGAAAGAGCUCUGCCGUGAGCCAAGCCACUUUUGAUGAUGAGGAUUCGCAUGAGCUGCGAGUCGACAGAUCUCGCCCCGUCGUGCCCACACGGAUCGAAUGGAAUGGCGGCGGUGAAAAGGUCUAUGUGACGGGUACCAUUUUCCAAUGGAGCAGAAAGCAGCGUCUACAGCCAGUCGAGGGAAAACCGGGAUGCUUUGCUGGCAUCAUCUAUGUGCUCCCCGGUACCCACCACGUCCGCUUCGUCGUGGACACCAUCAUGAAGACAUCGCCCGACCUGCCGACCACUGUCGAUUUCGGUAACAACUUGGUCAACUACAUUGAAGUCAGCGCCGAGAUGGCCCUCCAGCAGCAGCUCGAGGCGGCCCAGCCCGGACGCGAUGGCCAGGUUCGGGCCGUGGCCACUGGCGCCGGCGUCGGCACCGGCAACGGCGGCGCGGCCUCGUCGGUGGAGGAGCCGUCCAAGCCCGCCAAGUACAAAGCCAUCCCGCCGCGCGACAGCUACCGCCACAAGAUCCCCCAGUACCUGGUCGACUUUGACCAGGCCGAGGAGUCGCCCGCCUACCAGAGCGCCGUCGGCGCCAUCGAGAAGCUUCCUACGCCCCCCAGCCUGCCGGGCUUCCUCAGCAAGCCCAUCCUCAACGCGGCGACGCUGAUGAAGGACGACAACAGUGUGCUCAACAUGCCCAACCACACGGUGCUGAACCAUCUGGCCACGAGCAGCAUCAAGAACAACGUGCUCGCAGUAUGCGCGACGACGAGAUAUCGCGGCAAGUAUGUGACGACGAUAGUAUACAAGCCCACCUCUGCGGAUGAUGGUUGA